AUGAUCAUUAUUUACAUUGAUAUAUUGCUGUUGAUUAUACUGUUAUGUCUUACAAUAUUUAUGUGCGGCUACUGUUUCUACCGAGUGAACAGAAUGAGACAAAAUGGAGAGAUUGCAAUUUUGUUGAGGCCGACCAAAGUUGUGUUUUCUCACAAGAAGGAGGGCCAGUCCACUGAGGAACUCAGGACAGUAGUAGCCUACCAGAACCCGUUCACGGGCGACUACUGCGUGCACAAGAGCCGCGCUGGGCCCAAGGGAUACAUGAACAGCUUGGCGCCCGACUCCCCCGACAGCGGGGUCUCUGACGAGUACGAGCCCCUCAACCUGGAGCCCGUGGGACCCCAGCCGGAGCUACCCCAUGUUAUACAGGACAAAAUGCCGUCGGAGAUCAUUGCUUUGCCACAGCCUGACCUCACAAUGAAGAUGCAGCUGAGCCCCAGCAGCGAGUACAACGGCGUCAACAAGACCUGGAACUGGAACUACAAGGAGUACCAGAUCUGAAAACCUGACGUUCUCCAUCAUCAAGAUUCUACCCUCAUAUCAUAUACUAAAUCAGUGCUAGCGAGACAUUUCCUCAUCCUUGUAUAGUAAUUCUUACUUCUCCAUAUAUUACUGCAGUGUUGGUUUGUUUCACGGUAAACAGCAGAACAAAUUGGGAUAUAAUUUUGAAUGAUAGGAAAAGUGCCUGGGGAAAAAAUACAGCCUAGACACGAUUAUCUAUACAUCACACAACUAAAAUUUGAGUAUGUUUGUAAUAAUUAAUUUAUACUAAGUGCCAAAAUGUCCGA